GUUCUCUCUUUUGGCAUUAGAGAGAUUGGAACACCCCCCACGAAGCACCAAUUAUGGCUCUGAAUCUUUGUAUCUCACCUAAGUUUAAAUGGGUUCCUUCCUUAGAUAGUGCUUCCUAUUCUUUGAGACCUUCACUUGGGUCUUGUUUUGGUAACAUAAACAUUGCUAGUGUGAGUCUAAGUACUACUAGAAGUUUGAGUUUGAGGAGGAGUGGGAGUGUUAGUGUAAGAUCUAGUUUGGAAACUGCGGGGCCCACAGUCACAGUGGGACAGGUCACUGAGGUUAACAAGGACACCUUCUGGCCGAUCGUUAAGGCUGCCGGGGAUAAAACCGUUGUCCUUGACAUGUACACACAAUGGUGUGGCCCUUGCAAAGUGAUGGCUCCAAAGUUUCAAGAAUUAUCUGAAAAGUAUCUGGAUGUUGUCUUUCUAAAGCUUGAUUGCAACCAAGACAACAGGCCCUUAGCAAAAGAGCUGGGAAUUAAAGCGGUUCCCACUUUCAAAAUUCUGAAGGACAACAAGGUUGUAAAAGAAGUUACUGGAGCUAAAUACGAUGAUUUGGUUGAUGCCAUAGACAAAGUUCGAUCUAGCUAAGAAUAUAUAAAAGUAUUCUCUCUCUGUAAAAAUAUUAUGCUUGACACCCUUUGUAAGUAUUUUAUGCAAUUGUAAGCUGAUGAUGAUUGGAAGAUGAAGAAAUGUCAUCAUGUGAUUAUUGCAAACCGUAAUUGUUUAUUCCCCAAGUCCAGGGAAGCGUUCCUCAAUUAUUCAAGUUAUCAACUUGAUCAUGGGGUGUCUAUAAAGUGGUCUAGCUGAUAUUUGUUUAAAUAAAAUAAAAAUGCGUGUGAUAAAUAUGGAUAUUGAAUCAGAGA